UGUGCCAAAAACCCCGAUUCGACGCGCGUAUGCGUCUAAAAUCUAAAGCCGCACAUCCUCAUGCGAAGGCAGAAAAAUACAAAAAACACACAUCUUCGCCCACACGCGCGGCGCUCCUUCAGCCCUCUUUUUCCUCACAUCAGACCCCGUCCCGGGACAGAGUCAAUCAGAAUGGGAAUAUAAAAUGACGAAGGGAUCUGGCGGGGGACUACCACAGGACAGAAAGGUUCUGAAGCAGCUCUUGCCCCGCUCUAAUAGCGCCACCGCUCCAUCCCUGCGCCUUAUCAUUGCUCGUGCCCCGCAUUGGUGCCGUUGGAAUCAACACUCUACGGCCUCACCUAAAAAUCAUCGCGCAAAGGUGGACUUUACUUCACUAUUGUACUCCAUGUCGAACGAAACGACCUCAAAAACCGGCAGUGUUACGACCUGGGGCGACGAGGCAACCAAGCUUACCGACAGAUGUCGUCAGAGGGGGUGUGAGCGCUUAGCUGUGUCUGGACCAUACAAAGCACAAGAUUACUGUGACCAGCACUCAUGUCAUGUUUGCCAUCAGGCCCCGGCGGUAGUUCAAUUUAUGAAUGAGCAAGGUUUCUGCUCAGCUUGUUCUCGAUCUGCUGUCCGGAAUGCUGGAUUGUACCCCGUUGUUAGGUUCGAUUCACCGCAGAGAACUUAAGGAUCAUUAGGAGAGGCUCAGUUUAGUGGAACGGCAUCUUGGCGACAGCAAUGAACUCAACAUGGAUCGCAAAUCUGCGGACUCAGAGAGCUAUAUCAAGGAAAAACUCUUGGGGGAGAAGAAAAGAGAAUUUGACGUAUCAAAC